UUGUUACCACAGAUCUUAUAAGGCCUCGAGACCUAUAAUAUGUUGAAAGUAACUGAUUUUAGAUAUAUCAGAUUUUAAAUUUAUAAAAAUGGGAGUGACAUGUGUCAGUCAGUGGAUAAUAGCGGAGAAUCGGAACAUCCAACAAGUUGUUGAAAAUGUCAACAAGCGUCUAGAUCUCCUGGGAGCAAACAAAACUGGAAUAUUCUGUGUCGACUGUGAAACCUACCAAGCAUUAACACAAACCCAAGGACAAUCAAAAGUUAUUCACACGAUUCAUAACACAGAAUUUCCUCUGUCGUCUUUUGCUGUGACUGACUCGGGAACCUGUUUGGUGUGCGACACAAAUUUUGACGGAAUUAUGCAAAAAUUAAAAGGUUUUUAUGGUCAACGGAAACUUCCAAAGAUCGAGUCAAAAGGACAGAGGUUUGAGCUGGGUGAUUUUGUGAUCAAAGUGGGAAUAGUCUCUGUUGGAUCUCACACAAAAGGAUUGUUAGUCGAGGUUGAGUAUACGCCAUGUGUUAUUAUAUCUGAUUGCUGGAACCUAAUGACUGAAUUUAUGCAGAGUUUUAUGGGUAAUAUGACCCCUCAGCUGCCUACUAUAUUAACGUCGAAGCGAGACGCCAACUAUACACCCUCUGAUACCAUAAUGCAGUAUAUUGAACACUUUAAUAAUUUUAGGAAAGCUCAGGUUGGAAGGUGAAAGCACAAGCCUGUAGCCAGGGGGUUUAAACAAACCCCCUUUUUUAAGAAGUGCCCUUUUAAAAGUGUAUGUAAAAAUUUCUAGUAUGACAUUUUUGGGAAUUCAAGGAUUGAGGUCAUGAAAAUUAGUACUUUGUAACAACUGUCAUUGGCGAGUGUUAUUACCCCUGGUCAAUAGAUAACAUACAUUGGCAAACCGGUGCAACCUUUGUGUGCUCUGAUGGGGGUUAUAUCUAGUCCUAUCAUUGUACAGUACUUGGCACACAAUCCACCAAGGUAAUAAUUGUGCCUUGGUACAGUAUAGGUCAGUAGGUGUCUUAUAAGUGGUAAUUCAUUAUUGUCCAUUGGUAAAGCAGUUUCACUUUGGGUUCACUCACAAUCAUGAAGUCAGGGGUUUUAAUUGCAUGUUUAUUCAUGAGUAACCUUGUACAGUAUUUAAACUGGCAAACCUGUCCAGUAGCAAGGGUGAUGCAAAGCCCCUGAAAAAAAUGACAAUUUCAAAGGCUUACCUAAUCAAUUUUAGAGUCUACAAAUACUGUAUGUAGGAAAUACAUGUCCAGUAGCAAGCUACUGUUCUACCAGUGACAUAUCUAAAAGUCUUAAAAUUGGGGGGGG